AUGUAUGAUAAAUUAAAAGAUUUUCAUACCCGAACAGGACAUGGGGGAAAUGUGAAGCUUCGCAUGGCUUUAAUUAAUAAAUACGCGAUUCCAAGACCAGCAAUAGAAGCUUUCCUGUCAACUUGUUUAUCAUGCAACAGUAAAAAACCAGUAAACCGUAAAUUAGUCAUCAAACCCAUAAUAAGUGAAGAUUUUAAUGAAAGGGGGCAAGUCGAUUUAGUGGAUUUUCAAUCAAAUCCUGAUGGUACAUUUAGAUGGAUUUUAAAUUAUCAAGAUCAUAGUACAAAAUUUUUAUCCUUGCGAUCUCUGGAAUCCAAAAGAGCAAUUGAAGUAGCAAGAAAUUUACUUUCAUUAUUUCUCACUUUUGGGGCUCUAAAAAUCUUGCUAAGUGAUAACGGUCGAGAAUUUGUCAACACUAUAAUUACAGAGCUCAAAACUCUGUGGCCUGACUGUGUUAUAGUGCAUGGUCGACCCAGACAUCCCCAAAGCCAAGGUAGUAUAGAACGAAGUAACCAAGACAUCGAAAAUAUGUUGAGAGCAUGGAUGGUCGAUAACAAUUCAAAAAAAUGGUCCAUUGGCUUAGAAUUCGUCCAAUUUCAAAAAAAUUGUUCCCAUCAUCGAGUAAUUAAUAGAUCUCCGUAUAAAGCUUUAUUUGGAUGUGACCCGAAAAUAGGUUUAACAACUUCAAAAUUACCAUCAGAAGUUUUACAAAAAAUAUCAACUGAAGAGGAUUUACUAAUGUAUACCGGAGACUCAGACGAUCCACAUUCCACGAUUAAAAUGAUCACUUCACGUUGUAGUCUUUGUGGCAAUGAAGUAAUGGUGGAAAAAGCGAACAUCUGCUUGACAUUCCAGCAGAAUAUACGUAGACAGCUGCCGGCACAUGCUUUACAUUUGCGAUCCACUCUCUGUAUUGACCUAACCUCCGUAUUUGCUCCGUUAUUUUUGCCUCUGUGA